GUAAUGGAACAACCCAACUUGUUUCCUACUAUUUCCCCUUUUUAUUAAUAAUAAUAUCCGCUGGUGGGGCGAUUAACUUAAUAGGUACUCUCCUUUUACCUCCUUUACCCCCUUUUUACCCCUUUUACCGUGUUACAUACUAGGUACUUAAGUUGGCUUCGUGCUAACUUUUAAGGGGGUAAUUGUGUUAUUAAUAAUUAAUAAUCUACUCUUUAUUAGAUAAAAUUAUGCUUUGUAAAGCAGUGAACAAUGCAUCUUAUAAGCGAAUAGAAUUGACUUCAAAUAAAGGCAUUGUUUCCAACGUCCGCCGAGUGAUUAAAUCGACUGCUUCAUUGAUAAUGAUUUAGGUAUAAUAUGCAUUCUUAUUUAUAUAAGUCCAUCAUAUAUAUUUCUACCAAUGCUGUUAAUAUUCUCAUAAUCUUCAUCAUACCUAGGUCCCUAUUUACGCAUACGUACUCCAGUCUUCAACAUUACUAACUUCGGAAACCUCCUUAAGGAAACUUACCACCACUUUCCUAGAAAUGGCAGACGACGGAUUAGAUUUUCUACGACGGCAGCAGGACGAAAUAGUUGAGUUCUAUGAUCAACAUGCCGACUAUACAGGACAUUGGUAUAGAGAGCACGCUGAUCCAUUGUAUGAAUUCGAGCCGUACAAUCCAGAGGGAAGAUUCUACACCAAUCGCUUACUCCUAGAAGAUAUAGAUGUUCUUUACCUGCGCGCAGACUUUUAUCAUCGGAAUGGCAUACCCCAUGAGGUCUCAACGCCCGGAGGCUGGAGGUCUUUCAGGUUGUGGAUGCUGGAGGUCGCCCGAUCAUGGUGGCAAACCGUGGACCGACCUGCCCUUAAUCCAGAGAGCUUCGGGGAUAUCUAUGAGAGAGGAAAUGUCAAUUUCUUCCAGGUAAUGAGGUCCCGCGUAGACCGGCAGGUAAAGUACGCUGUCUGGACCAACUUUGCGCGCCGGCGCCAUUGGGAAGCUUUGACCAUGUCCCACGAAGGCUAUGACCGAAGCUACGCUAUUCGGCUGCGGCAAGAAGGAAUCAUGUACAGCCUAUGCGGCAUGGAUGGCUCUCUUGUUAGUGGUGACGAUAGUCAGGAGGCAGAGUCUUUUGCGCGAUUUCUACGUUCUCCAGCCGUUCGACUGCCUUGGGAGGAGUUCGGGGAGGACUGGCUAGCGUCGCACCAUGAUACAUCGAACCCGAAAUGGAACCAAGUACAAUCUAUCUUAGCAAACCCAGAUCUUGCUACCUAUAGGAGGCGCGCUUAUGGCGUGGGAAUACCGGACGAGCGUAGGAGACUUGACAAAACAAACUGGAGCUAUGAAGACCAUGCUAUAAGAUUUAUCAUAUCUGUCUACCACCUAGGAGUGGCAGUACUGGCUGAGGAUGGAAUCGGACCAGAUGAUCCGUUGAGUGGCUGGCGUAGCUGCUUGUUCAAACAGACGAACACCCCUGAUAUUGAAGAUCGCCAUUGGUUUGGAUUUUGUUUACUCAUGUUACUUACGGUAAGCUGGCAGCAUAAUGUAAGGCACCCAACAAUUCACUAUAAUGACCGCUUAGUUCCAGCGAUUUAUCCGGAUUACGCAGGGGGAGAUUUUAGUUUUCCAGAUACUGAGGUUGGAAUGGUCAAUUUAUCUCCGCUUACUCCGUGGAUUAUUUAUCCACCGUACGAAUGUCCAUUUGAUUUCCACACGACAGCUAGUUUGGGAGUAACUCAAGCGGGUGAACAUCUUGCGUUAGAGCAACGAGAAUCCGAGACAGAGCUUGCGGAUAAUGGUGGCAGACUUCCAGGCCACCCCCCACGCGAUGAAUAG